CUUGUAACUUUUUUUUUUUUUUUUGUUCAUACUUGAAAUAUGGGAACCGAAACCAACCCAAAUGAUCUUCGUGUAGCUUCUUUUUCUUACUACCUUAAACCUAUUGAAGGUGUCACAAAUAAAUUAGAUGCUAGUGAAAAGUUUAACAACAUGGCGGUUUUGGAUUUUCAACAGCUGAAGCCGAGUAUGUUUACAGCAAGAACUCCUAGUAUUUCUUCAGAAGCGAGCAGUUUUAGCAACAACCAAGGGGCAUUGUUGCAACGUAAAACGAGUGGUAAGAGAUGGUUUUACGGCUGUGCGGGUCCUUGUUCAACUAGAAAGUCUGUUUACGUUCACCAGAGCGUUAAAAAAGGUGACCCGUUCGCAUUCCCAGUCCUGAAUCCGGCCUUGGAGAUCCUAACAACAAAUAUUCAAGAUGAAAAGAUCGAAGAGCUUCCAAGGAUGUCACUUGAAGUAUUCGGGUCUAAGAAUUUAAACAAAGGUGACAUAGCAAAAAACCUUGUGAGAAAAAUGUCUAUUUUGACAUGGGACGCGAUCCCAAAGAGCAAAGAAAGUGUAAUAUGUGAUGACAUGGCGAGUGAGGCGAGUUCAGAUUUGUUUGAGAUAGAAAAUAUCUCAAGAGCUGGAUGGCAACCGUCUGAGUCGAGUGCCAUGAGUCCCUCAACUCAAUACGCUCCUAGUGAAGCUAGCAUCGAGUGGAGUGUUGUCACCGCAAGUGCUGCUGAAUUUUCUUCCGUUUAUUCAGGAUAUGAUGAAAAACACACGGCUUAUAACACGAAGUCAAAAACAAAGACAACCGAGCCAGUGAAAAAACCGCACAAAAUACUGGCUAACGGGUUGUUGGGGUGCAAGAGUUACAACUCUGUGAAAGUAGCUGAACCAGUGUAUAGACCUGUUGAUAAAUCGAAACAUUAAUUAUUAGCUACAGUCGAUAUCAUAUGUAUUUAUGUUUGUUUGUAUGUAUGUGAAUUAGAAUGUUAAUUUGUAUUAUGUGUAUUUUGUGAUCAA